UGUGUUUGUGUAUAUCAAUGUAGCAGACUGUAUCAGAUAAAAUUUUAUUGUUAUUUAUAAAUAAUUGCAGCAAUAUUACAGAUUAUUCAUAUUUAUUAAUGUUAGAAACAUGUGUGAUAUAGAGGACGCAUGUAAUCUUUUAUAUACUGAAACAUCAGAACUAUACUUAGGCUGUAACAUAGCUAAAACAAAUUUAAUUGAUGCUCUAGAAUUUCAAAGAGAGUAUGUGUCCAAAAAUAUGCCAGUUAUUAUAAAAGGUGGUUGUGCCCAGUGGCCUGCUACUUUAAAGUGGAAUGCAGAUUAUUUGAGAAAAUCCAUACCAAGUAAGUCAGUAACAGUUGCAGUGACUCCAAAUGGAUAUGCGGAUGGUGUGACAAUGGACAGUACUGGAAAGGAAUACUUUGUUAUGCCAUUUGAAACGGAAAUGUCUAUUUGUCAGUUCCUUGACAUUCUAGAAGCUAAAAGGGAAAACUACAUACCAUAUAUCCAACGACAGAAUUCAAAUCUCACAACAGAUUUCAAUGAGCUUCUAAAUGAUGUAGAACCGGACAUAGCAUUUGCAAGUCAGGCUUUUAAUAAGAAACCGGAUGCUGUCAACUUUUGGAUGGGUGAUGAGAGAGCUGUUACAUCUAUGCAUAAAGACCCGUAUGAAAACAUAUACUGCGUAAUAGAUGGACACAAGGAUUUCAUACUAAUACCGCCAACAGACCUACCCUUUGUGCCAUACCAAAACUACUUGCAAGCAAAAUUCGAGUAUAGUGAAUAUGAAGGUUGGAAAAUAGACCUCUUAGAAGAACAAAACGACUUACCCUGGAUCUCUGUAGAUCCACUCAAUCCAGAUUUAUCGAAGUACCCCCAAUUCGAAAAAACCCAUAGGUACCACGUUCGUGUAAAUAAAGGCGAUUGUCUAUAUCUGCCUAGUCUGUGGUUCCAUCACGUGCGACAGAGUCACGGAUGUAUUGCUGUCAACUAUUGGUAUGACAUGGAGUUUGACAUUAAAUACUGUUAUUUUAAAAUGUUAGAGAAACUGUGUAGGAAAUAUUGAAAUGUUUUAAAACAUUUUUUUUAUAUUUCUCAUACAAAAAAUAUAAUUAUUGGUGUUAUAAUUUUUGAUGUUGUUUUCACUAGUUAUAAGUUAAUAAAUAAAUAAGAAUGCAAAAUGUAAUAAACAUUUAUAUUUGUUUCAUUGCUAUUAAAAUUGCCAUAAAAUAUA